AUGAUUUCUUCAAAGCCCAGACUUGUCGUACCCUAUGGCCUCAAGACUCUACUCGAGGGAGUUAGCAGAGCCAUUCUCAAAACCAAUCCGCCAAAUAUCACCCAGUUUGCUGCAGUGUAUUUUAAAGAACUUAUUUUGUUUAGAGAAGGAAACAUUGCCAUGGAUAUAAAAGAACUGGUUAAACAAUUCCAUCAGAUAAAAGUUGAGAAGUGGUCAGAAGGAAUGGUACAAGAGAAGAAAACAGAAUGUGUAAUGGAAGUGGAAAGACCAUCUGUCAUUUCCCCAGAACCUACACGGAAGGAAAAAUCUACAGACACAGAGGAGGACAACAUAAGUGGCCCACUACUUAUCAACAAAACCACCCAGUUUCCAUCAGUUCAUGCUGAACUCCGAGAGCCUGUGGAUGAACAUGACAUAGUUUGUGGUUCUCCUUCGAAACCAUCCACCCCGAAGGCUACUACCCCACCUUUAUCACCAUCUCCAGCAGCUGUCCCACCAGAGUUUGCCUAUGUCCCAGCUGAUCCAGCUCAGUUUGCUGCCCAGAUGUUAGCAAUAGCAGCAAGCGAAGCAGGACAACCACCACCAUAUUCUAACAUGUGGACCCUUUAUUGUCUAGCUGAUAUGAAUCAACAAAGCCGCCCAUCACCACCACCUGCACCUGGGCCUUUCCCCCAAGCAACCCUUUAUCUAUCUAACCCUAAGGAUCCACAGUUUCUGCAGCAUCCACCGAAAGUCACUUCUCCAACUUAUGUGAUGAUGGACGACAGCAAGAAGACCAGUGCCCCACCUUUUAUUUUAGUAGGCUCAAAUGUUCAGGAAGCACAGGAUUGGAAACCUCUUCCUGGACAUGCUGUCGUUUCACAGUCAGAUGCCUUGAAGAGAUAUGCUGCAGUACAAGUACCCAUUGCUGUUCCUGCAGAUCAGAAAUUCCAGAAACAUACCCUAAAUCCCCAGAAUACUAGUCCUCCUACGAGUGGACAAGAUGUCCCCCGACCACAAAGCCCAGUGUUUCUUUCUGUUGCCUUCCCAGUAGAAGAUGUAGCCAAAAAAAGUUCAGGAUCUGGUGACAAACGUACUCCCUUUGGAAGUUACGGUAUUGCUGGAGAAAUUACCGUGACUACUGCUCAAGUUCGCAGAGCAGAAACUUAA